UCCUCCACCCCCCCUCCAUAUUUCUCUCUAAUUGCAAUCGUUCAAGAUCCUCACGAAACCUUGCCGUUCUUGCUACAGAUUUUAUUUCUUUCUCUCUGGUUUUCUGAACAAUCACCAGCGACCCAUUAUUGUUCUCUGAGAAUCCAUGGCUGCGCCUUCAAACAAAUCUUCUUCUACACCAACAAUUUCAAACCGAGCCAAUUUCAAUUCAAGAAACUCAGAACUUAGCAACCCCAUGAGAAGGAGUUUCAGUGGGAGCCCAUUUACGAAACCCUCAAUUGUUGCAAACCCGAGAGGCUUCAAUCCGAAUACUCCGGCUAAUAGCCCUUCAGAUUUUUCUCGAAGAAACUCUAUGGGGAGUCACGAGGACAAAGAAAAUACAAAAGACCAGAAUCCAACUCCGGGAAAAGUCCGAUCACCGGCGGCUUCUUCUAGGGGCGGAAAGAAUUUCAUGUCCCCAACGAUCUCAGCGGUUUCCAAGAUUGCCGCGUCUCCAAGAAAGAAGAUACUGGCUGAUAGGAACGAGCCAGCUCGGACUUCUGUUUCGCUCUCCAACGAAAAACCAUUCCGGUCGGUGAGAUUCUCCGAUGUAGUGGAACAUAUUGAUGAUGAUGCAAAGGCUGAUGCUGGUUUGCAAGAGAACAACAAGAUUGAGGCCUCCGAUGAUGACAAGGAGGGAAAUUUUACGGCUUCUUUUACUUCGGAAGCAUUGAGAUGUGAGGAGGUCCUUGAUCCAGAGACUGACACCGACGAACCGGCGACUGUCACCGACGACCCAGAUUGUGUUAAUCUUGACCCGACGUUCAAAAUUAGUCCAACUUCUUCGUGUUCGUGGUCGUGUCCGACGUCCACCUUAGCGCCUCUUGAUGCAGACCCUUCAAUGCCUCCCUAUGAUCCCAAAACCAAUUUCCUCUCUCCGAGGCCUCAGUUUCUUCAUUACAGACCAAAUCCUCGAGUUGAGAACUAUCUCAACGAGGAAAGUGAUGGCAGGCGACUCGAGGAAAGCUUUUCCGACACUGAAGUUACAGAAGAGACCCAGUCCGAGGAUUCCCAGAAAGAAAACGACGAUGUUUCUUCAGGUGAAAUGGUAGAAGAAGAACAAGAAGAAGAGGUCCUUGUGUUGGGUGAGGAUGUUUCUGAGCCAACCCCCAUUAGUACUCAAUUGCCAAAGGAGACUGUUGAAGCAAAAGAGAAAUCUAAGCCACAGUUCUUUACGAGAUCAAAGUUCAUUGUGCUGCUUUUGAUUCUCUCACUAGCUGGUUUAUCAGUCUCAGUUACAAAGUCUCCAGUCAUUGCUCCCUCUGUGCUUAAAGAGUCCAGCUUUUUUGAGAUUUAUGAUUCAUCUGGAAUUGCUGAAUCAGCAAAAGCAAAUUUGGAUGGCUUAGCUAGAAAUUUUUGGCUGUGGUAUGCUAAUUCUAUCUCCUUUGUCUCGGAGCUGAUGCCAAAUUUCAGUGGAGUGCCUAUUUCGGUUCCCCUGCAUUAUUGUAACUUGACUGCUUUGUCAGUGGAUAUACCCCUUGAUGGGUACCUUAUGUUUGAUCAAAGUCAUAAAGAAAAUGUUCAUAUUGAACCGCUAGAAGAGGAGGGUCCGCCUGAGCUUGAAGUGGAUGAGGACAUUGGUGAGGCUUUUGAAGGAUUUGAUUACCCAGAAUAUGAAGGACAAGCAAGCCAAGAAGAGAUUGAAGAGAUUUCAGAAUCAGAGGAAGUGCUCCUUCAGGCUCAAGAGGCUGAGGUUAUUUCAGAAUCAGAGCAAGUGCUUCUUCAGGCUCAAGAGGCUGAGGUUAUUUCAGAAUCAGAGGAAGUGCUUCUUCAGGCUCAAGAGGCUGAGGUUAUUUCAGAAUCGGAGGAAGUGCUUCUUCAGGCUCAAGAGGCUGAGGUUAUUUCAGAAUCUGGGGAAGUGCUUCAUGCUCUUGAGGCUGAGGUUAUUCAAGCAGAUAAUUUAGAAGUGAAGACGACCCAGGAAGAAGUUGUUCUUGCUGAUAAUGUAAACUCCCAGGAACAGCCAGUUAUGGUUUCAAAGGGUGAAGAAAUUCAAUCUGAAGUUUCAAAUGAGAUGAUUUCAUUUGAUAAAAUGGAGUCUGUCAAAGUAGAUGAGAAGAAUCCUGAAAGCUCAGAAUUGGAUGAUGAUUCAGCAGAGAAUCAACAGAGUUCAGAAGUUGGGGAGUCUUCAAUCAAUGGGACAACAGAUAAUAAGAUUUUUAGAGAGACUGUGCUGGGAAUUGCUUUGUUGGUUUUGGCCUUUAUUGCAGCUACAGGUUUCAUCUACAUGAAGAAAGGCAAACAAAGCACAACCCCAAGUGCUGCAAUCAAUGUAGAGCAACCACUGUUGACAAAGAAAUUUGAUUCCAGUCCAAUGUCAGUGAGCAUUGAGCAUAAUUUCCACGAGAGACGACCAUCUUGGCCGACCGAGGUGGACAUGGUUGGAGAAUCAUGUCCUUCGGAAAUGAGCAGCUUUGAGAGGAGCAUCUCUUACAGCAAGAAAGAACUGAAAGGAGGGGGGUCAAGUGAAGCUCAGAGCUUUGAGAGGAGCACCUCUUACAGCAAGAAAGAACUGAAGGGGUCAAAUGAAGCUCAGAGCCAGGAGAGGAGGAAGCCCAGAAAUAACUAUAAGAGGGAAUCACUUGCCCCUUCUUCCUCAGAGUUCUCCAUGGGUUCUCCUUCUUAUGGAAGUUUUACCACUUAUGAGAUGGUUCCAAGCAAGCAUGGACAUGGAGACGAAGAGAAUACUAUUAUUACUCCAGUAAGGCGCUCAAGUAGAAUCAGAAAGCAAGUCACUUCUCCAUGAUGACCAGACUACUAGUUUUGUAUUAUUUUGUGCUCUCCAUUGUGUAGCUGCACGCAAUCCUAUUGUGAAUUUAGCCACUAAUUAGUAGCUUUUUCUAGUUUGAUUGGUUGUAAAACUGACAUUUUAACCUCUACUGAUCAGUAGCUUUUCUGUUUCUAAUUCAAGAUCCUUCUGAUUUUGAGCCUAGUAAAAUAUUGCCUUGAUUGCCUCUGUCAAUCUCAACAGAUUGUUCUU